UGACAGGGCUCUCUACGAGCCCUGUGGUCCAUAGAUUGAGUCAGUCUUAAGUUGAGUCAGUUAGGGGGAGAGUCAGUCUUAAGUUGAGUCAGUUAGGGGGAGAGUCUAAGUGGUGAGGAGUGGAACCAUCCUGUGGUUGUGCGUCUAUCACCAUGAUUGACACGCGUACCGGAACGAGCACCUCCCCUUACACACCAGAGGAGGAGGCGAAGGCCGCCGCCGUCCUGAAAGAGAGAAGAGAGAAGAAGGAGGCCAAGAAGAAGGCCUCGCUAGAGGAACAGGAGGCCAAACUAAAGAAGAUUGAGGAGGAGAUGGCCAGAGAGAAGGAGAGGUUAAAGAAACAAGAAGAAGAGAAGCUUAAGGCCAUGGAAGAAGAGGAAGAGGUAGAAGAAGAGCCACUGGAAAGGAGAAGAAGGGAGCAAAGAGAGGAAUCCAGUGGAACAAGGGAUGAUCAGUUGGAGAAGAAGAUUACAGGGUGGGUGGCUAAUCUAUCCUUGGGCGAAGAGGAAGAAGCGUUGAUGUAUGUGCCCAGGGAAGAACAGGGGGCGACGAUGAAAGAAUGGGAUGUCGAAGAGGACCCACUCAAGCGGCAGGCAUUGGAGGAUGAGACAAGGAUGGAGUGGAAGCUAAGGCUCAUGAGGGAGAGAAAAAGGAAAAUGGAAGCGGUGAGCCAGGCGGCAGAGGAAUUGGAAGAAGUAAAGAAGCAGAGAGACCAGAUGGCAACGCAGGUAGACUUAUUGGGGAAGAUGGAAGUCAUGGCUAGGAACAUCGAGCGUUUGACACAAGCUCAGGAAGAGCAAUACCAAUUUAUUAGAAGUCCGGACAUUGCCCUACGCUCAAUACGGCUGGGAUUUAGGGAGUUUGCAAGGGAAUUGGUGAUGCAGGUGGGCUCAGAAGUGAAGGCCCGCCUGGAGAACACGGAGCGUUAUUGCACCGGCGCCAUAGAGGGCGCCAGGUUGGCCGCGCCAAAGGGGGAAGAAGCACGCCCUCGUAGAGAGCCUGUUAAGGUCAAGUUCCCCGACUCCUACAGCGGGAAGGAGGAGGAGAACUUCGACAAUUGGGAAGCCAACAUUAAAACAUAUGUGCACUUACAGAACGUUGCUCCAAACGAGCACAUCCUGAUAGCUAUACACGCUCUUAGAGAGGAAGCAGCAAGCUUCGCCCAUUCCCUGUGUCGUGCCGCUAACUACAACGAUGAUUUGGUUGCUUAUUUUGCGUUCACUCCCCUCAGUGACUUCCUUAAGUUGUUGAGAGAGCGGUUUGCAGAUGUGACCCGUAGUGUUAAAGCCUCGGAUAAACUGCAAACCAUACAUUCUCGUCAGUGGAGGAGUGCCAGGGCACUCAAGGUUGUAAUGGACGAGUUGGUCGCCGUUCCUGAUCAUGGGGCCACUGAGACCCAAUUGAUCUUUUACUUCGCUAUGCCCGAGCAGUUACGCGGGCAUUUCUUUGAAAAGAGCCAGCAACCUACCAUAACCUACGAUGCACUUAGCAGGGAAGUGGUAGCGUUCGAAGCACGGUCUGCGUCAGUUUCCACUUUCUGGCACAAGGACCUGGACAAGGGCAAAAAGUGGAAGGGUCGUACUAUCUCAGGUCAAGUCAAGACCAAGGAUCAUUUGAUCCUUACACUAGAUGAGGGAGGUAUGGACCAAGUCCCCUACGAGCAGAUAGAGUGGGCACUAGAGGGAGAAGAGGACAGUAGCGCUAGCCAGGGGAGGACUUACGCUGCUGUCGCGGUCGGAGGGAGGCCGCAAGGGAGAGGUGGAGGCCAGGGCCAAGGGGGCCGGGCCUCAGGCGGCCGUUCAAAAGCGAUCAAGGGGUUGGCGGUAGAGGAGGAAACCGCCAAGCGGGAGGAAGGGGUCAAGGUCCCCCGCAAAACUGUUCUGGUAACCGUUCACCUAAUAGGAGAGGUGGUUGGCACCCAGGUCUGCCACAGGGCCGACCUUGGGAGGAUUUGGGCCUGGACCAGCGCGUUUGGCAACAGCGUGUGGACCAGGGGCAGUGCAUAUUUUGCGGUGACCUUGGCCACAUCAUUAGAUUUUGUCCAAAGUAUAGAGAGGCUCGAUGGGCUGCCGAGCAGUCAAAAGGCAGCCGCCGGUAGGGGUGGCAACUGCCCCUACCAUAAGGCCAUGUGGGGAAACGAGCGCGAGCCGGCAAGAAACUCCCACACCAGGCGUGGCCGAUGAGCUGAAGGAGAGAAUGCCCGCCUGGGCCAAGAUGAAGAACGAGAGUAAAGGACAAACAAUUUU